UUAUGUGGCGGUGAAUAUUCAUCCAAGACUGGUAUUGAUAUGUAUGAUAUUGGUGAUAGCCUAAAUGCUUUCUCAGACAUCCCUGACUCAUUUAAGAAUAUCACACAGAAGCACUAUCCCCUUAUAAUAACCUUUCAGAAGUUUCUGGUAAUGCUUGAUGGAAGUUUGGGGAAUUCAUUUUUUGAUAAGUUUGAUGAUGGUGAGCUCUCGCUUAAAAGAACUGGAGUUUCAAGAUCUUUUGCUUUGCAAACACUUAUAAGAAAGAAGGAGGUCACGUAUCCCAGAUUUUUAUCAUCAUACUGGCCUCACUUUAAUACCCAGCUGACCAAGAAGCUUGAUUCUUCAGUUGUUUUCACGGAGAUAAUUUCUCAUUUAAAAGGUGACAUUACGUCUAAUGUGCCUUUUGAUAGCUGGCUCGACAGAGAGGCUUAUGUUGGUCUAUCUGAACGGCGUGCAUCUUCAUUAAACUGUGAUGCUAGGGAAAUUAUAUAUGAUAUUUUUCUAGCUUAUGAAAAGACGAAGCGUAGAAAUAGAGAGUUUGACAUGUCUGAUUUAGUAUGUGAUCUUCAUCGCAGAGCCAGAGUAUAUGGUAGAAAUGUGGGUGUCCAAAUGGAUUUUGUAUAUAUUGAUGAAGUUCAGGAUCUUACCAUGAGACAGAUCUCUCUUUUUAAAUAUGUGUGCAAAAAUUUUUCUGAAGGGUUUGUGUUUGCAGGCGAUACUGCUCAAACUAUUGCCCGGGGUGUUGAUUUCCGAUUUGAAGAUAUAAGGUCUUUGUUUUACAGUGUGUUCCUCCAAGAUCCUAGUUGUGAUCAUAUGAAAAGCUUUAAAGGAAAACGCAAGUCUAUUUCUGAUAUGUUUCAUUUGAACCAAAACUUCCGGACACAUGCUGGUGUGCUAAAAUUGGCUCAAAGUGUAAUUGACAUUCUUUGCUUCUAUUUUCCUCACUCACUUGAUCGCUUACAGCCAGAGACAAGUCUUAUAUUUGGAGAACCACCAAUUCUGCUGCGAUCUAGAUGUGAUGAAAAUGCAUUGAUGACUCUUUUUGGUCAUUCCACAGACAGCAGCUGUAGCCAUUUUAAUGGUUUUGGAGCAGAUCAAGUUAUACUUGUGCGUGACGAGUUAUCUAAGCAAAAAGUUCCUGAAAAUGUUCGGAAACAUGCACUUGUUUUGACAAUACUUGAAUGCAAAGGCUUGGAGUUCCAGGAUGUUCUGGUGUACAACUUCUUUGGAGACUCACCUUUACAAAACCAUUGGAGAGUGAUUUAUGAUUAUAUGAACUCACAUUGUCUACUGGAUCCCAGUACAAAUUCAUUCCAAAGAUUUGAAAUUUCCUACGUGUAG